AUGGCUGACAAAGACGCCGGAACCCCCCGCGUCUUCCUCUACCGACACGGUGAGACUCUAUGGACGAGAAAUGGCCAGUACACGGGCACCACGGAGCUGGAGCUCACGGAAAGUGGUGAGAAGCAAGUUCGUGCAUCUGGCAAGAUCAUUGUUGGUGCGGGGAAAUUGAUUGAUCCAUCCCACCUGGCCCACGUCUAUAUCAGUCCGCGCCAGCGGGCCAAGAAGACCUACGAGAUUGCAUUCUCGGAUGCGGACCAGCAGCAGCUGAAAGACGCACACAAGGUCUCUGAGACGGACCGGCUGGCCGAAUGGGACUACGGUCUGUAUGAGGGCAUGGUGACUCGUGAUAUCCGAGCCCUGCGCAAGGAGCACGGCCUCGAUACCGAGCGGCCGUGGGAUAUCUGGCGCGACGGCUGUGAGAAUGGAGAAUCCGCGGCAGAGGUCACAGCUCGCCUUGACAAUCUGAUUGCGGAGAUUCGUGCUCUCCACAAAGAUAACAUGCAUGGCGAGAAGCAUUGCGAUGUGGUGCUUGUCGCUCAUGGUCAUCUGCUUCGUGCCUUUACCAAGCGCUGGCUUGGUUAUCCCUUGGAAUUCCCUCUGUCUUUGAUGCUCGAGCCUGGUGCAGUUGGUGUCCUGAGCUAUCAGCACCACAGCAUCGAUGAGCCCGCUUUGUUAGUUGGAUAUGGGUUCCCAGUUCAGCAAUGA